AUGCUCGCUCGCACUCCCCUUUCUUCGCCUCAGCCAUCCGCACGCCAACGCACGGCAAAUCACUUCCGAACAAGACAGGCGAGCAGGAGACUGCAGCCAAGCAUUCCCUUUCGAGCACAGAUCCGAGCAAGCAGGCCAAGUAUCACCACCGUACCUACAUCAUUAUUGCGAUUCGACGCCACUCAUGCCCUCUGGUCUUUUAUCCUGCGUGCCUGUCAUGAUCGGACCUCAUCUUCCAGACUAUCAUAUGACCCUCCUGAUGUCGGUGCGAGGGCAACCGCAACAGCAAGCGAAUCCGCGGAUCAUACCGCCUCCUCCUCGGAAAACAUGGCGUUCAAACCGGUUCGACCUGAUAGAGACAAUCAGAGCUCAACAAGGAUCGCGAUUGCCACCUACAUCUGA